AUGGGCCCCCGUACAAGUCCACGUAUUGCCCUUUCGCCUCUUCCGUCCUCCCACCCCGCUCAUCCCAUCUCCCCCCGCACAUCCCAUUCCCCCCAUCCCAUUCCUCCCAUCCCAUUCAUCCCUGAUUUUUGCGUGUGGAAUUUUGGGAUGAUUCCGCCCAUCCCCUUCCUCCCACCCCAUUCAUCCCAUCUCCCCCCGCCCAUCCCAUUUUCCCCAUCCGCUUCCUCCCACCCCAUUCAUCCCCCUCCCCCCAUCCCAUUCCUCCCAUCCCAUUCAUCCCGUACCCCCCCUCAUCUCAUUCCGCCCAUCCCCUUCCUCCCAUCCCAUUCACCCCAUCUCCCCCCACUCAUCCCAUUUUCCCCAUCCGCAUCCUCCCACCCCAUUCAUCCCGUCUCCCCCCAUCCCAUUCCUCCCAUCCCAUUCAUCCCGUACCUCCCGCUCAUCUCAUUCCGCCCAUCCCCUUCCUCCCAUCCUAUUCAUCCCGUCUCCCCCCGCUCAUCCCACUUCCCCCAUCCCAUUCCUCCCCCUCCCGUUCAUCCCGUAUCCCCCUGCUCAUCCCAUUUCCCCCAUCCGCUUCCUCUCAUCCCAUUCAUCCCAUCUCCCCCCGCUCAUCCCAUUUCCUCCAUCCGCAUCCUCCCACCCCAUUCAUCCUGUCUCCCCCCGCUCAUCCCCCUCCCCCCAUCCCAUUCCUCCCAUCCCAUUCAUCCCGUAUCCCCCCGCUUAUCUCAUUCCCCCCAUCCCCUUCCUCCCCAUCCCAUUCACCCCAUCUCCCCCCGCCCAUCCCAUUCCCAUCCCAUCACACCUUCCACCUCCCAGCCCGCCCUCACCCUGCUCCUCUCAGCCCUCUCUCAGCCUCCUCCUCCCAGCCCUCUCUCACCCUCCUCCCAGCCCGCCCUCACCCUCCUCCUCCCAGCCCGCCCUCACCCUCCUCCUGCCAGCCCUCCCUCCCCCUCCUCCUCCCAGCCCUCCCUCCCCCUCCUCCUCCCAGCCCUCCCUCCCCCUCCUCCUCCCAGCCCUCCCUCCCCCUCCUCCUCCCAGCCCUCCCUCCCCCUCCUCCUCCCAGCCCGCCCUCACCCUCCUCCUCCCAGCCCGCCCUCACCCGGCUCCUCUCAGCCCUCUCUCACCCUCCUCCUCCCAGCCCGCCCUCACCCUCCUCCUCCCAGCCCGCCCUCACCCUGCUCCUCUCAGCCCUCUCUCAGCCUCCUCCUCCCAGCCCUCUCUCACCCUCCUCCUCCCAGCCCGCCCUCACCCUCCUCCUCCCAGCCCGCCCUCACCCUCCUCCUCCCAGCCCUCCCUCCCCCUCCUCCUCCCAGCCCUCCCUCACCCUCCUCCUCCUGGCGUGCCCCUCCCAUCACAUUCAUCGCCGUAAACAGCAUCGCAGCCGUCAGUCACUGUUGUAUCAAUUGGUUUCCAAUGUACAUCAUGCUGUUUUAG